GCUUAAUGUGAGCAGAUUACAUACAUCUUCAAGUGACAUUUCGCUCCUAAUCCUCUUCUGAAUUAGUAAUAAAAAUUAACUUUGUUAUAUGCGUCCUGCCAUCGUCCCUUAUAUACCUUCAGUGUGAGAUACAGCCGCAUGAUGCUGUGCAGAAUUGUGCCCACUGGAUUCUCACUUCUAGGGAUCAGAGUCAAUAGACAGACUGACUUGUGUCAGCUUCUAAGAAAUAUAUGAAAAUAACCUGAUUUGUCAGGGUCUAUAAAAUUUGAAUGUAAUCUGCCAGCACUAUUUUAAGUCCAGCAGUUCAGUGUUUGUAAUAACACAAGGAAUAAAUAGACAUGGAGAGAAAAUGCAGUGGAGAUCCCAAGGAAAAAAAAGUUUACUGAGUAAUCUCUGAAAUAUCAAAAGCAAUUAAUUAAUUUUGGGGUAUGUUUUAAAAUUUCUUAUGUGAUGGGUUUGUUUUGAGAUUUUGAUGGGAUAUGAUUAAGGGAUGGAGUCUCUUUAGAGAGAAUUAACUAUGAUGGUAAUAAUUAGAUUUGAGAACCUCUUCUCUUUAUAAUAGCAUUGCUUUUCUCCAUGUGUACCCUCACGUAUAACCUUUUAUGUACAGAUACAGAAAAGAGCCUGCUGUAAGUGGAGAGUGUUGAAUGGUGAAGAUAAUUGCACAAAAAGAUUUGCUGUGGCAGAUGUGGUCUCUCUUUUUAUGUGGAAGUAGAGGAAACUGGACUGUUACCUGAACUUUUCAAGUGACAUCCUUUUUGUAAUGAAACCAGAUUUUUUUUCACUCAUUUAGAUAGUAUUUACUCAAAAUUUUUUGCUCAGUGGAUAAUAGAAGGGCUCAGUCACAAAUUGUAGGAAUUGUACCGUAGCAGACGUACCAUUUAAUUGAACCGUGAAAAUUCUGUUCCUCAGAAGAAUAGAUAUAUAUACCUUUUGAAGAUCCACAACUAGGAUUGCCUCGCAUUUGACAGUAUUUUUAAAAAAACAAUAUUGCAAUUGAAAGUUUAAACCUUUACACUUUGAAUUACAUUUUAGAUGGCAAAUUGUUGUCAGAUGAUGUGACUCAUUAUGUUGUCCCUGACUGGAAGGUGGUUCAAGAUUACCUUGAGAUUCUUGAGUUUCCAGAGCUGAAAGGUAUUAUUUUCAUGCAAACAGCGUGUCAAGCUGUGCAACAUCAAAAAGGCCGCAGACAGUACAACAAACUACGAAAUCUAGUAAAGGAUGCCCGUCAUGAUUGUAUUGUGUUUGCUAAUGAAUUCCAUCAACAUUCCUAUCUGCCAAGAGAGAAGGGAGAAUCCAUGGAGAAAUGGCAGACCAGGAGUAUUUACAAUGCAACAGUCUGGUAUUAUAAUCACUGCUUGGGUCAGAUGCCAGUUGUUAUGGUAACAGAAGAUGAAGAUGCUAUCAGGCAGUACGGAAAUGAAACGGAAGGAGUGUUUGUGAUUUCCUUCAAGAAUUACUUGGAUAACUUUUGGCCUGACUUAAAGGCUGCCCAUGAGCUCUUCGACUCAAUAAUUCAAGCUCGCCGUGAACGGGAGAGUGAAAGUCAAGAAAAUAAUGGAAAAGAGUAUCCUGAGCACUUACCCAUGGAAAUAAUAGAGGCUGGGGUCAAAUCUGGAAGAUACGUACAGGGUAUCUUAAAUGUCAAUAAGCAUCGAGCACAGUUGGAAGCUUUUGUUCGACUUCAGGGAGUUGGCAGCAAAGAAACAGAACUUCAAAGUGACAUACUUAUUUAUGGAGCCAGAGCUCGAAAUCGUGCAAUCCAUGGUGAUGUGGUAGCUGUUGAGUUGCUACCCUUGCAUGAGUGGAAAGGAAGGACUGUUGCCCUUUGUGAAAAUGAAACUGAGGAUAAAACACUUGCAGACACCACUGGUGACCCUAUGCCCACAGGCAAAGUCAUUGGAAUCAUUCAAAAGAACUGGAGGGAUUACGUGGUCACUUUCCCCUCCAAAGAAGAGAGCCAGUCCCAGGGCAAAAACGCUCAGAAAAUCCUCGUUACGCCUUGGGACUACAGAAUUCCCAAAAUCCGGAUCAGCACCCAGCAAGCUCAGUCACUACAGGAGUAUAGAGUUGUUGUGCGUAUUGAUUCUUGGGAAUCAACAUCUGUAUACCCAAAUGGACACUUUGUGAGAGUUUUAGGAAGAAUUGGAGAUCUUGAAGGGGAAAUUGCAGCUAUUCUUGUGGAGAACAGCAUUUCUGUUGCCCCCUUUUCAGAAAUCCAGAUGAGCGAAAUGCCUGUGAGUUCCUCAAAGAAUCCAUGGAAAGUGAAUCCAGAGGAGGAACAAAAACGUGUUGACUUGAGAGAUACACACUUGAUAUUCAGCAUUGACCCAAAAGGCUGUGAGGAUGUGGAUGACGCACUAUCCGUUAGAACUCUGCCUAAUGGGAAUCUAGAGUUGGGUGUCCACAUUGCAGAUGUAACCCAUUUUGUAGCAGUAAAUUCUUAUACUGACAUUGAGGCCAGAGCAAGGGCAACAACUUACUAUUUAGCAGACCGUCGAUAUGACAUGCUGCCCUCCAUCUUGAGCGCUGACGUAUGCUCUCUUCUUAGUGGCGUUGAUAGGUAUGCUGUAAGUGUCAUGUGGGAACUAGAUAAAGAGUCAUAUGAAAUCCUGAGAGUCUCCUACAACAAAACCAUCAUUCGAUCUGCACACAAGCUAGCCUACGAAGCAGCACAAGGAUUAUUAGAUGGAGACACAAGUGUCGUUGGUGAUAUCCUGGAACUGAAAGACUUGGAUGAAAGAACUAGACAAAAGAAGUUGACUGAACUGGUCUGGGCAAUAUCAAAAUUGACUGAUAUAGCACGACAUGUUAGGGCUAAGCGAGACAGCUGUGGUGCUCUGGAGCUGGAAGGGGUAGAAAUCAGAGUGCAACUGGAUGAUAAAAAAAAUAUCCAUGAUCUCAUCCCCAAACAGCCAUUGGAGGUACACGAGACUGUAGCAGAAUGUAUGAUUCUUGCCAACCAUUGGGUGGCAAAAAAGAUUUCAGAAAAUUUUCCUCAGCAAGCUUUGUUGCGUCAACACCCUCCACCACGACAGGAGUUUUUUUCUGAACUUCGAGAAUGUGCCAGUGCCAAAGGUUUCUCAAUAGACACACGGUCUAACAAAGCAUUGGCCGAGUCCCUGGAUAAAGCAGAUGAUCCCCAGGAUCCAAUUGUAAAUAAACUGUUGCGAUCUAUGGCCACUCAGGCAAUGUCUAAUGCAUUGUACUUCUCAACUGGUUCUUGUCCUGAAGGAGAGUUUCAUCAUUAUGGACUUGCCUUAGAUAAGUACACUCAUUUUACUUCACCAAUUAGAAGAUAUGCUGAUAUUGUUGUCCACAGAUUGCUGAUGGCAGCCACCCUUAAGGAAAGUAAAGGAGAUGCCAAGGAUAAUGUAUUCGGCAAUAAGGAUCUUCAGGAACUGUGCAGACACAUCAAUAACAGAAACAGGGCAGCCCAGCAUGCUCAGAAACAGUCUACCGAACUCUUCCAGUGCAUGUACUUCAAAGACAAAACCCCUGAAACAGAUGAGCGCUGCAUAGCAGACGGUGUUAUUUACUCAAUUCGAACAAACGGCGUGCUUGUUUUUGUACCAAGAUACGGAAUUAAAGCUGCCGCAUAUGUGAAAAACAAAGAAGGUUUAGUCAUCUCGUGUCAACGUGAUAGCAGCUGUGAGUGGAAGCCUGGUUCACUUCAUCACUUUCAGAACAAAAUUACUUCCACUACAACUACUGGAGAAUCUGUUACAUUAAGCCUAUUUGAUCACAUUACAGUGAAAAUACUUGUGCAUACUUCCCGCUGCCAUGCUGACACGAUCAAACUUGAAAUAAUCAGGAAUGCACCAUACCAGACUUCAGAUGCGGAGGUUGCCCAGAAGAAUUCUAACGUGAUGAAAUCUGAAUUAGUGAAAGAAGUCAGUCAGUCUGCAGAAGAAGCCCAACGUGCUCAAGAAAAAGCGAGAGUUGAGGUAAUUGAGGAAGAAUAUCAGGAGUAUUGCCAGACAAAGGGAGCAAGCUUAUACCAGCUGCUGGAAGAGAUUAGGGAUUUGGCUCUAUUAGACAUUUCAACUGACAUCAGAACGUGAACUGUAACCUAGCAACAUCUGCUUCUUGGUACUCUUGUUCACAUUAACUUGGCAAGAUUUAAAUUUUUUAAAAAAGUAUAUUUAAAUCUUCAAGAGUCAUUGUAAUGAGAUAAACUAAAUAUCUAUUUUUAAAUAAGAAUUAUUUUUAUUUGAUUAUGAACUUGUGUAACUUAAGGUUUUACAGAUGAUAAAUCUCACCUACCAGACUAA